AUGAGUCAACGUAGUGGGCCGAUAACUCGAGUACAUAAGAGUGUGGGUCACCAAUCUUUUUCUUCAACACAAUCGCCCCUUUUCAAUCUAUCAAGUGAGAGGAAAAAUUCGGUAGACUCCAUCUUGGUCUCCCCAAGGUAUUCAUUGGCUACAGAGUCUCCAGUGGAGUACGUGUCUGUUGUCCCCAAGUCUCCUACUCUUUCCCUCUCGACUGACAGUUAUGCGUACUCCAGUGCAACUUAUAUGUGCUCACAGACACCUCCACUGUCACUGAACUCGACAAAAAGAGAACACCAAAAGCUCUUUGGAGUCGACCCAAAAUUGGCUGAGAAGUGCGACCAAAUCUUCCCCAGAGUGCCUAAAAUCAAUAAAGUCCCAUUGAUCAAAACAACACAUCUGAGCCAGCUCAUAUUGAGGAAUACUAAGCUUCAAUACAUCGACGCGAGGUAUCCCCCAGAAUUUGCUGCGGGACACGUAAAAGACGCGAUCAAUGUGUGGAAUGAGGUCACUCUUGUUCAGCGCUUUAACCCAAUGCGAACCUUAAAUGACUCGGAGAAAUCCGUGAUAAUCAUUUACUGCGAAUUCUCACAAAGACGUGGUCCUAAAGUCGCGAAUUUGAUCCGGGAAUAUGACUGGAACAGAAUGGUCGAGACGGGAUCACAAGAGUGGAGCUUCCCUGAAAUCUAUUUGCUUGAUGGGGGGUUCAAAUGUAUUUAUGAACAAAUCCCUUUCAUCUGCGAGGGUUGCUAUACUCCUAUGAGAAGUAAAGUCGUCUUCGAUGAGGUUCGAAAAGUUAGAGCGACUAAGUCACUCAGCUUGUCGUUGGGUUCGCCUGUCAAUUUUAUGUAA